ACUUGGACAAACGCUAUAUUAGAUACUUCAUACGCUGCUUUCGACUUCGCGGCAUUUAGCACCCGAUCGACUUCUCAACUUUAGCAAGGACAGGUACAGCUUUCCAAAUGGCCUACUUCAAGAAGUUCAGUAGAGAGGAUGUCUCUAACCUUAGCCAAGUCAAGUCCUCAGUAGCUCGAGGCAUUAGAGCCGCCAUCUGUGAGACCUACCCAUACCUGGAAGAAACGGACAUCAUCGAGACACUUAUCCCCAAGAAGGAGUCCGUGUAUGUGGGGAAAUGCGGUCAUGUGCAGCUCUGCGUAAUCUCCGGAACCAUCCUCUUCUUCCAGGAGCGCGACGGUCCCUGGCUGCCCAGCCUGCGGGUGCUUCACCAGUACCCGGAGAUGAUGAAGCGGCUGCGGACCGACAAGGGGGCCAUCAAGUUCGUACUGAGUGGCGCCAACAUCAUGUGCCCGGGGCUGACACACCCGGACGCAACCAUACAUGAUGAGGGUGAUGUGGGCGGCCCGGUGGCCAUCUACGCAUGCGACAAGGAGCACGCCAUGGCGGUGGGGGUGCUCAAGAUGUCCACCGCCGACAUCCGGGCGGUCAACAAGGGCAUCGGGGUGGAGAACAUGCACCACCUGAACGACGGACUGUGGAAGAUGCCCAACAUCAACUGAGCGCGGCAGCCGGCUGUGUGUGAGCGUCAGUCAAGCAUUGACAGCAGCAGCAGAAGGAGCGGUGGUGGUGGUGGUGGCGUCACCGUACAGCAGUGCUGCUGCCAUGCACCUGCUGCGAUGCAUGUUUCAAAGAGCGCGGGGGGGAUGCUGGCUGAGACCUGGGACCUGGGCAGCCACACGUACAAUGCAUGUACACGGCUUUGCAGGUUUAUACGAAGCAGUACGGGACCGAGUGCUGCGGUGCUGUGUAGGGGUGGUGUGUUAGGGGGUCCAUGAUGCCACCAGCGGACCACGGUUGUGCACGUUGGGUGCGCACGGUACCACAUUAGGCACUUGUGGGUGGGCUGCAACGGUCCCGGUCCCGGAGGGCAACGUUGGAUCCAGACUGCACCUUUGGUUUAGGGAGGAGGUUUAGGAGGUAGGCUCGCUUACCUGCGAAACAGCAGGGAGUUACGUGGGGCCGUGGCUUGCCUUGGAAUGUGUCCGGAGUAGCCGUGAGAGGAGGUGAGGGUUACGGUACGGCAGUACACGGCCGAGCACGUGUUCGGCUGCAGGCUGCAUGUACUGCUGGGUCUGUUACAUCUAUUAACAUCUUAUAGUUAGGAGUUGGCUGUUGCUGUGCGGUACGGGGUUCCGUACACCGACUGAUCCAACGGUAUACCUGUUGCUGUGCGGUACACCGACUGCAGCAACGACCACUAACGGAACCCCGUACAGCAAUCCCGUGCUGCAGUCGGUGUACCUAACAGCAGAGUUGGCGAUGGCGAUGCGGCCCCGCUUCUCAGGAUGCAGUUCAUGUUGGUGUAGGACUGCUGUGCGAGAUGGGUCGACACGGGUCCGGGGUGCGGUGGGAGCCCCACGCGCAGCAGCUGCUCGCUUGCCAACCAGUUGCGCGGCGUGUGUGCCGCAAUUCCCGGCUGGGGAUGAGCACUGAUCAGGGAGGACCUUACAUGGGUUUGGCACGCUUGUAGUGUGCUACAAGUCCUCUUCGUCUCCCGGCGCCACGCUUCCGGCAAAGGUCCUGCCCCUGCGACAGCAAGA